AUGGAGGAGCAGAAAGACACAGAGGAAGAGAGCAAUGCCACCGAUCUGCUAGAGACUACGGAGCAUGUGUAUCCCGAAGGAGGACUAGCAGCAUGGUUGACAGUAGCUGGUGCUUUCUGCUGUAUGUUUUGUGCUUAUGGAUGGGCGAAUGCUAUCGGAGUCUUCCAGGAUUACUAUAAAACCCACCAGCUGUCUCAUCUGUCCGAGUCGACAAUCAGUUGGAUCGGGUCCCUGAAUAUCUUCAUGAUGUACAUUUUCGGAAUAGCUGCUGGCCGAAUAUUCGACAUGAUGGGACCUCGAUACCCGUUGAUGAUCGGAUCAGUCCUACAAGUCUUGGGGCUCAUGAUGACCUCGAUAUGUAAUUCAUACGGGCCGAUCUUGGUUUGCCAGGGUAUCAUUGCACCGAUCGGUGCUGCGUUUGUCUACUACAGCGCGGUCGCGGCCGUACCUACUUAUUUCCACCGGAGACGCGGUCUUGCUAUGGGAAUUGCUUCUUCGGGAUCAAGCGUGGGAACGACCGUAUAUCCGUUCAUCAUCCGCCGGCUAACUAAACAAACAACCUUCGGAUGGACAAUGCGAACCUGCGCGUUUCUCAUCGGCGGCCUACUGCUGUUUGGAAACCUGACAAUCACCUCCAACGUCAAGCCCCGAGGAACUUGGCGUAUGCCGCUCAGUGAUAUCACGCGUCACUUCAAAGACAAGAACUUCCUAAUUCUUUCCUCGAGUAUAUUCAUGGGUUACUGGGGUUUACUCGUUCCGUUCAACUACAUGACCACAUACGCGCGCUACCGCGGCGUCGACGACGACAUGGCCACCUACCUUGUCUCGAUCCUUAACGGCACCAGCGCGCUAACCAGAGUCGUCAACGGGUUUUUCAGUGACCGGAUAGGCAAGUACAACGUCGAUACCGCAGGUCUAGUCCUCGCGGCCGUCAUCACCCUCGCUCUCUGGAUCCCCGCCCGGGGUUUAGUCUCGCUGAUCAUCUAUGCCAUCGUCUACGGCGUCGCCUCCGGAACAUUCAUCAUGGUCAGCCCCGCCUGCUGCGCGCAAAUCUCAGAGGUGACUGAUAUCGGAACCCGAAUAGGCCUCUCAUUCGGUUUCACCAGUAUCGCAGCCUUGACGGGAAUUCCCAUCGCGGGCGCCAUCAUCGGCGACGGAAGCAGGGAUAGUCAAUGGAGAGGCAUGAUGAUUUUCGCGGGUGUUUUGUUGUCGGUCGGGGCUGUGAUUCAUUGGUUGGGACGUGUUUAUAAUGUAGGGUGGAAGCUUAAUCGAGUAUUUUAA